UGGACUCCGCACCGUCUACAUAAACCCCCCCGAGGGUUUUACUCUGGGAAAGAAAGCUGCGAAGAAAUACAAAGCAGAGUCCCAUUCUCUUACUGCAAUAAACAGUAGGGUUGUAACAAUGGCUUUCUUAAGUAAAAUUGGAAAUAUACUUAGGCAAACCACAAAUACGCAGAUCAAUGCUCAGUUGUCUGCAUCAAGACCGGGCCUCUUUCAAGUUUUUAGAUGCAUGUCAACCUCGCCAAGCUCAAAACUUUUUGUGGGAGGUAUUUCAUACUCGACAGAUGACCAAAGUCUGAAAGAGGCUUUUGGCAAAUAUGGUGAAGUUAUUGAAGCAAGAGUGAUUGUGGAUCGAGAAACAGGCAGGUCCAGAGGAUUUGGCUUUGUCACUUACACCAGUACUGAGGAUGCUUCUAGUGCACUACAGGCCUUGGAUGGACAGGUUCUUCAUGGCCGUCAAGUAAGAGUAAACUAUGCUGCUGAGCGACCUCCUCGUAACUUUGGAGGUGGAGGUUAUAACAGUGGCUAUGGUGCUCCUGGUGGAGGUUUUAAUAGUGGUUAUGGUGGUGGCAGCUAUGGUGGUGGUGGCUAUGGUGGUGGCGGUUAUGGCGGUGGUAACUAUGGUGGUGGAAACUAUGGAGGUGGCGGUGGCUAUGAUGGAAAUGCUGGUUCCUCUUCUGGAAAUUAUGGAGGUAAUGUUGGAUAUGGGAGUAACAGUGGUGGCACUGGUAACUAUGGAGGCCAAGGUAGUGGUGAUAAUUAUGGCACUGGUGGUGUUGGCUAUGGAAAUAGUUUUGGUCAAUCUGGUGCAAACUCUUAUGAUAGUGGGAGUUUCAAUGUUGCCGGUGGUGGUGGUGGCAGUGAUAGUUUUGCUACUGGUGGGUCAGGUGGAUAUGAAGGUGACAAUAUGGGAUCUGGCGGUGGUGAUCAACUUGAUAGUGCUGAAGAUGGCCACACAGAGGAAGCAGCCAGAGGUUUUGACCAAAACGAUCCACUGAAUGAGAACUUCAGGGAUGAUGAGGAUGAUGGUGGAGACUUUGCCAAAAGGGCAUGAAAUAAGUGUUUCCGGUUGGAUGGACAACUUGUUUCUACCCUGCUUUAAAAGUAGAUUGUUUUGGUUUUUAGUUAUUAGUUAUCAUCACUCUUUUCUCUGAACUGUUUUAUUUGUCAUUUAUGUGACUGUCGUCUUUGUAGACGUUGAUGCUUUUUUGAGUGUUUCUCAUAGAGAAAACUGAAUAUUCCCUGGAAAAAUAAUUUUAACUCUCAGGCUGUUGCAUCAAUUUUAUUCAUCCGUC